AUGUUUGAGGAGUUUCGGGCAUGUGCAGUGGCGGACGCCACAGGGAAGAUGGUCAGCACAACUGGUCUCGAGAACUUGAUUGCCUACUACGAAACGGUUCUCCAAGGCGAACAGGAAAAGCCCCUGGGUAAUAUCGAGUUCCUCUACGGACAAGCGAUAGAACUGGCUGCCAAGGCCGAUAUAUCCUGA